CAUCUUUCUCUCCCGUCUUGACAACCGAGCUUUUAAAAUCUACUACCUUUUUCUCUCUCCCAUUCAAGAGGAGCGAGUCCUUUUCACACAACAUCACAAGAGCUGAUAUCCGAGCGCUUUUCAGGCCACGUACCAGCAGCCUCGCCAUGGCCGCCGAGGAUCACUUCACACAGCUGCUCGUGACAGCAACCCAAAACGGUGACCUCCCGCUCAUAAAGUCCCACUUUCCUACUCUUCCCCCUUCGUCUCCGAUCCUGAAAGCCAUCGCUCUGGCCUCCCUCUCGUCCCACCAACCGGAAAUUCUCAGAUGGUGCUUCUCGCAAGGCUUCUGCCUCCCACCCUCCAGCCUGAACUCCGACUUCUACCAUUCUGCUUGCGCCUCCCAGUCUCCCGCCAUCUUCCAGGUCCUCGUAGAAAAUGGCUUCGACCUGAACUCUCACAAUUCCGAAUUCUUCGGCUGCGGGACUGCCCUCGUGGUCGCCGCCGUACACGGCAACAUCUCCUUCGCUCGCUGGCUUCUGGAGAAUGGCCAGGAUGUCAACGCCGGCUUCAGCUGUGAAGCUAUCGUCUAUGCUAUUGGCGGCGAGAAUCGGAGCUUGGAUAUGGUUGACCUGUUGAUCAAGCACGGGCUAAAACUUCAAGGAACCGGGGCUGCUAUUGGAGCAGCGGAGAAAGACGAUGUUACUAUGUUGAGACUGUGUUUGGGGAAUGGGGCAGGGUUGGAAGAAAGAGAGAUUUGGUGGCUUGUGCCGAUGGAUGAGGGGGAUGUGGAGGGCACGGCAUUGUAUAGGGCGUGUAGAGCGGGAGCACUUGCGUCAGUGCAGGAGUUGGUGAAUAGGGGUGCGGAUUUACAGUGGAAGGAUGAGAGGGGGAGGGAUUGUGUGGGUGUUGCGAGGGAGAUGGGUCGGUUGGAGGUGAUUAGAUGGCUGACAGAGAGGGGGUUGGUGAAGGAGGAGGCCGUGAGGGUCAGGGAGUUGAGGAUGGUGGAUGAGAGGAACUGGGCUUGGAAGGGGGAGUUGCCGGAUGUAUUUUGUGUUGAUUGAGAUGAGAUUACCUUUUGAGAUGCGUUAGAUUUGAGCACUCUGGAAGACGAGAGUUGUUGGAUAUUUAGCGAAGAGGAUCGAUUGAUGGCGUUUACUUAUAUGGGAAGGUACCUGGGAGUCUGCUUUACUUUGAUGGGGAAAUUUUCACACCCGAGACUGCUUCCGCGCGAGCUUGAAUUCGCCUGGCUUUGUUGAAUGCAAUCAGACGGGUUGAUGCUCAGGCAGGCUUUGGUCGCCGAAGAUUUUGCUAUAGAAACACAAUCGUUACGCUGAUUAUGCACUCCAAGUGGAGCCAUUUCCGGCUCUCAUAUCCUCUAACAAUAUCAAGAAGCAUUCAGAAAACCAG